AUGGAUGAGGUUGCAUUGCCGGGAUCAUUGCCUGUGUUGUUAUAUCGAAGAAAGAUCUGCGUUGGAGUGGAAACUCUCGUUGCUUGUUUUCCUCGAUCACGCCGGGGUCACCAAUUUGUUGUGGGUUUCUUUAGAUAUAAGAAACAACAAACAAAGAGAAGUUCGAUCGUAAAAUGUCGCAAGAAGAAGGGCUGUUGUCUUUGUGUUGAAGCUAUAUAUAUUGUUUCAGCUCUGUUAAAAAAGUCUGGAUUGCCAUGGAACGUCACUUUCAUAUCAAAAACCAUUGAACGACUUGUUGCUAUCAGCGCAGACUGCAAAAAAGUGAAUGAUCUCAAACCAGAUUGCAAAAAAGUGGAUGAUCUCAAAGAACCAGUUGUUGAUCUAGGCGUCGUUCUUGACCCAAGCCUUUUUAUGGAAAAUCAUGUUAAAUAUCUUUGA